GAAACUUAAUUUGUAUUUAUUUAUAACAAAUAUAUUUGCAAUGUCCAUUUUUAACGCGCAGCAGUUUUUAGGUGCAUUGUAUAAACGUUAUAUAAUUUCACUGCCAUCGAUAAAUUUAUCUAGAACUCAAAAAAUUUUUAUUAUUUGUCUUACGGGAGGAUCAUUACUAUUAGGAGGAUUAGCACAAUUUUUAAAAAGACGAAGAAGACAUCCUCUUCCUUCUUCAAGAAGACCUUUAAGAGAAUUAAAACAAAGAUAUGCUGCUGCAAAAAGUUCUAAUUUUGAUGCAUUAUCACAAGCAUCAUGGGCAAGAAAAAGUGAGGCUAGCAGCAGAAGCCAUAUAAGUGAUCGAGUAUCACUUAUAUCUUCUGUUCCAGGAGGUCCAGAUGGUGAUGUAAGACUUACUCCACAACAAUAUGGAGUUCUUGGAUUGGAGGCUCUGGAAAAAGCUCUCUAUUGCUGGGAGGAUGCUCUUACAGCAUUCAGCUCUUCACUCAAUAAUGGUACGCUCGCAUUACCGUCUAAGGCGGAUGCAGCAUUUACGCACGAUGUGCAAGAACUUCUCGAUAUGGGUUAUCAAAUCCAAAACCAUGCAGAACUCCUAUUUAUCGACCAGCAUUCAGUAUUGUUCCGAAAUGAAGAUGAGGAAAGUAUAGAUAGUCAUAAACCUUCGAAUGUAGGUAGCCGAAUAUCCGGGAAAGAUAAAGCAGAUGCAGCAUCUUCUCCAGAAUCUUUCGAAUCUGCACGUGAUGGAGUAGCAGAUUUGCGGGAAUUUGAAGAAUUCUCUGAAUUUUUUCCACAUUUUGAAAAGCAAAAAUUAUAUCAUGCUGCUCUUAAACAACACGAAGACAAAGGUAUUCCAUGCAGACGAUUACAUACGGAACUAGUGAAAUGUGGUUCAGAUGUAGAAUAUUUAGCAAAGGUACAUUGCUUACGACAAGCAUACACGAAAUUAUUUACUGUAUCUUCUGCUGCAGAGUGGAUUGCAGAUAUAGGCCGACAAGUUAUUAGUGAUUUGAUCAUGUAUGCAGACAGGGAUCCUAAGGAUUAUUUAAUACACUAUGAACGAAUGUUAGAAUUCUUACAAGAACAAAACAAUCGUAGUAUUAUGGAAGAAGAACUAACUAGCAGAGGUGUAAAAUGUAUAAAUUUCUACGACGUUCUGAUUGAUUUUAUUUUAUUAGAUGCCUUUGAAGAAGUUGAAAAACCACCAUCAUCAAUUAAAGCUAUUUUACAGAAUAGAUGGAUAUCUGCUAGUUUCCGCGAAACUGCAAUUGGAACUGCAGUUUGGUCAGUGCUUGUUGGUAAAAGACAAAUGUUAAAGUAUGAUAAAGGAUUUCUAGCCCAUUUUUAUUCGAUUUCUGAACAAAUUUCUCCAGUACUUGUGUGGGGUUUCUUAGGCCCAGAAGGAAGUUUACGUUCUACUUGUCAUUAUUUCAGAGAUCAAGUAAUAGAAUUCCUUAUAGAUAUAUUUAAUUUCUUUAAAGUAAGAUAUACUACUAUUGAUAAUCUUGCUGAAGAUAUACUCAAGGAAAUGAAAAUAAGAGUUGAAAAUAUAAAUCAAAGACUUUCUCUAGAAGGCUGCUAAUUGAAUAUAAAGUAGGUAUAUAUUAAAUAGGUAUAUAUUAAUAUUAAAUAUAUAUAAGAUAUUGGUAUAUUUAAAUUAAUAUGAUAAUGAUUUGACAUAAUUUCUAUCAUGUAAUAGAUUUAAAAUUGUUGAAAAUAAUUUAAGCUAAGAAAUAAUUUUUAUUCUUUUGAAAUUUUUUAUUCAAAUAUUCAUAUCAGUACAAUACAAGUAUUAUAUGAGCAUUAUAAAAUUAAUGUUAUAAGAAAAGAUUGAUAUAUUGAUUAUUGAUAUAUUUCAUAAUAUAAUAAUCUCAGUGAAAUUAUUAAAAAUUUAAUUUUAAAGCUUCAGUUUAAUAUUCAGCAAAAAUAUUUUUCAUAAUUUGCAUCAAAAUAUUUAAAAAUAAAUAUAUUCAAAUAAAAAAUGUAUAAAAUAUAAAAAUAAUUUUUUAUAUAAUUUUAUUACUUGUAAUAUAUGUAAAUUUUUGUAGAUAUUAAUUUCAAUAUAUUACAUAUUUAGUACAAAAUUUAUAACAAGAUGUUUGAAUAUAAUUAUUUUAUAAUGAAAAUGAAUUUUAAUAUAUUGUUAUCAUUUCAAUGUUAUAAAAUUGUUUAUAUUAAUAUAUUAUUGUAUAAUUAUAUUGAUUAGGUAUAAUUAUAUGAUAAACAACUAUUCAUAGUAUUUAAAAAUAGCAUAAAAAAAUAUUUUAAUUCCUUAUAUUUAUAUUUCAUGAAAUAUCAUGAUUUAAUAUCAAGGUUCUAAUAUGCUUUAAGAUAUAUUCAAUUUUUAUCAAAAAAUUAUUAAAAAAACAUUAAUAAUUUUAUUUCAUAAAUGUAUUUAUAUUAUCUUUUCUAUGAUAAAAUUAUAUGUACAAUAUUUUUUUAAUAAUCAUUUAUAAAAUUUACAUAAACAUAUAAAUAUUGUUUAAAAAAAAAUUCAUUACAAAAAAUAAGCAAUACAAUAUAAUUAAUAAAAAUGUAACUA